AUGUGGCGGAGAACAUACCUCUUUCUGCUUCUGGUCCGGUUGUGGUUCGCUCUGUCCCCGAGCUACCUCCACCCUGAUGAGAAUUUCCAGGGCCCCGAGGUCAUCGCCGGGGAGAUCUUCAGUUACCCCGUCCGACACACCUGGGAGUUCACGAGCGACAACCCGAUUCGGAGCGUUUUCCCGCUAUGGCCCGUUUACGGGCUCCCGAUGCUCCUGCUCAGGUGGUUAUGGAUCGGCAAUGGGAAUGACGGGGAGAUACCACCUAUCGCCGUCUUUUGGACGCUGCGGGUGCUGAUGUUUAUCGUCGGCUUCGUGCUGGAGGACUGGGCGAUUCACGAGCUUAUCCAGUCGCAGCGGCACAGGCGCGUCGCCGUACUUUUGGUCGCGUCGUCUUACAUUACCUGGACAUUCCAGACCCAUACCUUUUCGAACUCGAUCGAGACUCUGGUUGUAGCCUGGAGUUUGGUCCUUAUUGAGCGCACUGUCGCUAGUCCGCAGCGCGGUUCGGUUCUUGCCUCGACGGUCCUUGGAAUCGUCGUCGUUUUUGGAGUCUUCAACAGAAUUACAUUUCCCGCCUUCUUACUGAUACCCGGGCUUCGGCUCUUACCUUACUACUGGAAAAACCCGCUAUCGUUCAUCGCAAUUGUGACAGCGGGGCUCUGCACCACGGCGCUUGCGAUCACGCUCGAUACCGCGUACUACACGCCGCACUCGAUUUCCUGGUCCGACCUUCUCCGGAACCCAGUCCUUACCCCUAUUAAUAACCUCCUUUACAACAUCUCGCCAGCCAACCUGGCGAAACAUGGGCUGCACCCGUGGUAUCAGCAUUUGCUGGUGAACUUGCCGCAGCUGCUUGGGCCUGCCACGAUCCUUCUUUUCAUGCGACCCAAACGCUCCCUGCGUCUUUACUCUGCGAUCUCGGGCAUCGUCGUGCUCUCGCUAUCUCAGCACCAGGAGGCCAGGUUCCUCCUUCCGACCGUUCCCCUGUUUUUGUCGUCUGUGCGCCUCCCGAAAGGCGAGAAGGUCCUGCGCAUCUGGGCGGUGUCGUGGAUCGUUUUCAACGCCAUCUUUGGAAUCUUGAUGGGGGUUUAUCACCAAGGGGGCAUUAUCCCUGCUCAAGUCUUCAUGAGCAAGCAACCGGACGCGACGCAAGCAGUCUGGUGGAAGACAUACAUGCCACCGAUAUGGCUACUGAACGGGAAGAACGAGGUCCUGCGCACACGUGAUGUGAUGGGCAUGAAGGGGGAGACGCUCCUUGAGGAACUGGGGCAGCUCGCCACUUGCGACACACCGGCGGACAGAAGGAACGGGGAGUAUCUGAAGGAGAAGAACGGGACAUAUCUGGUGGCGCCGUUAUCUGCGACAUGGCUGGAUCCCUAUCUCCCAAACAAGGGGCUGGAGGGGUUGAGGUUUCGCGAGGUUUGGCGGCAUCAGCAACACCUAAAUCUGGACGAUUUAGAUUUUGGAGAGGACGGCGUUUGGAAUACCCUUUCUAGAGUUAUUGGGAGGCGAGGUCUUGCUAUAUGGAGAGUCACAAAAAGCUGUCCUCGGGUCAAGGCGAGAUAGUACCUAAUUUUGGGCGGAGUUUUGAUAUCAGCGCAAUUCAAAAACAUCCAUGAUGAUGAAA